GAGCUGUGGCGGUGCGACACGAACUAGUUUAGCCCAGCAGAAAGGCCCCGCGGCUGGCUGGACCCAGCUCGACACAGCAGCAGAGCGAGUCCACAUCCAGAAGGCUGGAGCCGUGUUUCACUGACAGGCUGUCAGACUAACGCCCUGAUGAGCUCAGCUGGGACAAACUGGUCUGAUGUUUAGAACGCUCAGAUGUUGGAGCUUCACGUCACCUACUGAGGAGCACCAGUAAAGAGACGGCGUCUGGACCAGACCCAAUUUUUAACCGGACAGCCGGACCUAGGGCAAUACCCGACUCCCGUCGGGGCUCAAAGCGUCCUUUGACGUACUCACACUGGCAAACAGCUGUUUAUGAAAAGGUGCGUAUCAAAAAGGUACUUACUCCCCCCUGUGCGUUCAAUUCGCCCCGAAUCCGAACGUACGAGAGCCGUAGGCGGGAGACGUUCUGCGGAGCUAGAACAGCCGGCCAGCGGAGCAAGUCAGCCCCCUGGGCUUUGAUGAAAGCGGCGCCUCGUCGGCUCCCCGGAGAAAGCCUCCCACGGCUGGGUCUGAGCGCACGGUCACGGUACCAAAAAUGUUGGGUUAUUGUUUAAUAAACCAGGUCACCUUGAGAGAAGUCAAACGCACAGAGGCUUAGAGCAAUAUUACUGUUCCAUUUUACUUUGUAAAGUGGAGAGACGAAAUGAAUACACACCCAAGCAUCUUUCACAGGAUCUCUCGGGGAACAUCCGUUCUCUGAGGGUUUUUAUUAGCAAGCACACACAACACAUCACAUCACACUCCUAAACUGCUCCGUAGAGAUUCAGGUGGAAAGCUGUUUAACGUAGGGAGUAAAAACAAUACCACAACUCCCUCAAACAAAACCAGGUGCAUUCAGUCAACAUGCUGUUUCCCAUGGGAGUAUAACUGAUAAUGCAGACCAGCGUGGUCUGAGGAAGGUUGUUGUCCUCCCUGUUGGACGGGGAGGCUGGCACAGGAUAACACUUGUAUUUUAAUGAAGCAACAGAUGUUUUACUUAUAAGGCAGUUAUGAUUUUAAGCAAUAAUGUCAGCGAUCAGCAGUUUUUCUCUAUCAGUUGCUCUUCUAUCAGCUUGAGUCAGUCGGCCCAUUCUCCUCUGACCGCUAGCAUCAACAAGGCAUUUGGCCCACAGGACUGCCGCAUACUGGAAGUUUUUCCCUUUUCACACCAUUCUUUGUAAACCCUAGAAGUGGUUGUGGGUGAAAAUCCCAGUAACUGAGCAGAUUGUGAAAUACUCAGACCGGCCCGUCUGGCACCAACAACCAUGCCACGCUCAGAUUAGCUUAAAUCACCUUUCUUUCCCAUUCGGACCUUCAGUUUGGAGUUCAGGAGAUGGUGUUGACCAGGACCACGCCCCUAAAUGCAGGGUGGUAGAGACGUAUGGAGACGGUCGUUCUGAGACAUGAGACUGUGUGUUUUUGGUGAACAUUAAUGCAGGAGUGUGUAAAACAGCUCAUGUUUAAUUAAAAUUAAAUAAAAUAUUUAUUUAACUUGACAUAAAUUGUAAUGCUUGACUGUUGUGCUACAGCCAUGGGAGGAACAUUUUGGGUCCCAGCCAGAUUCUCUGCUUCCCUGCUGCUCUCUCCAUCAUCAUGCUGCUCCUUGCUCUGCCUCUCCACUUGUCUCUCCUUCACUCACCUCCUCCACUUCAGCCUACUUGUCUAAUAUAUUAGCCACAUGUUAGAUUCCCUUCAGUCACCAAUAGGAACGUUGGGAAUAUCACACGUAUCACGGUACAGAUCACUCAGAGGGAACUGGGUCACGAUAAAGAACAAUGAGCAUCUUCAUCUAACGUUACCUCAACAUCUUCCUCGGCUUCCUUCCUCUUCUUCUGAAAAUGCGAGCAGAAAUGAGUCUCGGUGGGAGCAUGACCCGACAUGAAGCUGUACGCUGUUACCGAUCUGGAAUUACGCAUUAACGACACACCACAUUGACUAUGUUACUGUUCACGUGUAGCAGCGUGCGUUAGCAUGAAGCUGGUUUUCACAGGUCUGAACUAAAAAUGCCUUCUUCUAACGUAAGGUUCCUUUCUUCCACCUUUUCUCUCCCUGUAGUUUUCUUUAACUCGUGAGAGCAGCGCACCGCACAGAAGCCGACUCCUUCGCACACGGGGAAAACGGCAGUACUGGUUUUUCAAAUUUUGUGUCAGUUUAAGGAAGAAGGAAGAGCUCCUGAAGAACUGAGGCCUCCUUUGAACCAGAAGGACAUGGAGCCCCUCAACAUGAAGCAGGAAGAGGAGGAGCAGCUUGAUGAGAUCAAAACUGAUGCCACCAACAUUUCAUUCUCUGCAGUUUCUCAUCAGGUUAAGGAAGAAGGAAGAGAAGUUCUGUUGUCACAGUUUGAUCAGAACCAACCUAAAGACAGAGAUCUUCCAACCAGCAGCACCACUGACCAGAUGAAAGCAGAAAGUGGUAGAGUGGACUGUGGAGGAGCAGAAACUACCAGGAAUCCAGAUCUAAAUCUUUAUGAAUAUGAUUCUAACUCUUCAGAGACUGAAGUCAGCAAUGAUGAAGAUGAUGACCAGGAUGGCAACAAUUCUGACUGUCAGCUGAAACUCUUGUCAGAUUCUGAGCCAAACACCAAAGAUGAUAACAAAGACCGGAAGGAGAGCAGGUCUUCUAAAUCACAUGUUAAGGCUGUCAAAUCUUUCAGCUGCCCAGAGUGUGGUGAACAGUUUCUCCAAGAGCGGUCUCUCCAGAAACACAUGAGAGUGACAAGUCAUUCAGGACUGAAGUCUUCAAGCUGUUGUGUUGAUAAGAAACGUGUUAGAGUGAAGCAAAAUGUAGACUCUAGCAGGAAAGUUCAGACAAAACUAAAAUCAUUUAGUUGUGACGACUGUGGAAAAAGUUUAGGCUGCAUAUCAUCUUUAAACAGACACAUGAGUGUCCAUACAGGACAGAAGCCUUUUGCUUGUGAGCUCUGUGGACAAAGAUUUAUCCGAAAGUACCAUUUAGGCACUCACAUGAGAGUCCACACAGGAGAGAAGCCUUUUACUUGUGAGCUCUGUGGACAAAGAUUUAUCCGAAAGGACAUUUUAGGCAUUCACAUGAGAGUCCAUACAGGUCAGAAGCCUUGUGCUUGUGAGCUCUGUGGACAAAAGUUUAGCCAAAAAAUUACUUUAAACAGACACAUGAGAGUCCACACAGGACAGAAGCCUUUUGUUUGUGAGCUAUGUGAAAAAAGAUUUAGAGUAAAGUCAAGUUUAAACAUUCACAUGAGAGUCCACACAGGACAGAAGCCUUUUGCUUGUGAGCUCUGUGAAAAAAGAUUUAGUUUAAAGUCAAGUUUAAACUGUCACAUGAGAGUUCACACAGGACAGAAGCCUUGUGCUUGUGAGCUCUGUGGACAAAGAUAUAGUGAUAAGUCAAGUUUAAACUGUCACAUGAGAGUCCACACAGGACAGAAGCCUUUUGCUUGUGAGCUCUGUGGACAAAGAUUUAGUCGAAAGACACAUUUAACCACUCACAUGAAACUCCACACAGGAGAGAAGCCUUUUGCUUGUAAUCUCUGUGGAAAGAGAUUUACCCAAAAGGGAAAUUUAGACACUCACAUGAGAGUCCACACAGGAGAAAGGCAUUUUGCCUGUGAGCUCUGUGGACAAAGAUUUAGUCGAAAGACACAUUUAAACACCCACAUGACAGUCCAUACAGGACAGAAGCCUUUUGUUUGUGAGCUCUGUGGAAAAAGAUUUACCCGAAAGGGACAUGUGGACACACACAUGACAGUCCAUACAGGACAGAAGCCUUUUGCUUGUAAGCUCUGCGGACAAAGAUUUACCCGAAAGGGACAUUUAGACAGACACAUGAGAGUCCACACAGGACAGAAACCUUUUGCUUGUGAGCUCUGCGGACAACAAUUUAGUCAUAAGACAAGUUUAAACAGCCACGUGAGAGUCCACACUGGACAGAAGCCUUUUGUUUGUGAGCUCUGUGGAAAAAGAUUCACACGCAAGGGACAUUUAGACACACACAUGAGAGUCCAUACAGGACAAAAGUGUUUUGCCUGUGAGCUCUGCGGACAAAGAUUUAGUCAUAAGACAAGUUUAGACAGACACAUGAGAGUCCAUACAGGACAGAAGCCUUUUGCUUGUGAGCUCUGUGGACAAAGAUUUACCCAAAAGGGAAAUUUAGACACUCACGUUAGAGUCCACACAGGUCAGAAGUCUUUGGCCUGUGAGCUCUGCGGACAAAGAUUUAGUAAUAAGACAAGUUUAGACACUCACAUUAGAGUCCACACAGGACAGAAGUCUUUUGCCUGUGGGCUCUGCGGACAAAGAUUUAGCCAUACGACAACUUUAAACAGACACAUGAGAGUCCACACAGGACAGAAUAAAUGAACAUAAAUAAAAUAUAUAUUUUGGGACUUCUGAGGGUGUUGAAUGAAAUGUGCUACUGAUCUGGAAGCUCUUUUAACUAAAAUGAAAGGCAGCAGUUUUAUUAAAUGUUUUGUUUUUGGAGAAGAAAAGGUUGAAAAUGAAAUGUUUGUUUGCCACUAAAGUGUUUUACUAAAUCUCUUCACUAUUCAGUUUGUUGUUUGCUGUUUCUGGAGUUUAAACGUAAAUGCUGAUGUUUUGCAAAGUGAGAAGGCUCGCCAUCAAAGUCACCAGAUUAAUCCACUCGUGUAAUUAUCUGUCAUGCAAAUAAACCUGAUCAAAAAUUAA